AUGAGCUUAAGCUGGUGGUGGGCACGGUCUAUCGGCGCCGUCAGGGAGCGCAAGGAUGACGAGCUCGCCGCCGUGCCUCAGCAUUCCUUCCAGAGCGUCGCCCUCGUCGUUGGCUCCACCGGCAUAGUAGGCACCUCCCUCAUCGACAUCCUCUCGCUGCCGGAGACCCCCGGCGGAUCAUGGAAGGUAUACGCGCUCUCCCGCCGUCCACCCCCGCCCUGGUCCCUGCCGUCAUCCUCCUCGCUGACACACAUACACGUCCAUCUCACCGACUCCGCCGCCGUCGCCGACGCCCUCGCGCCACUCACCGACAUCACCCACGUCUUCUACGUCGCCUGGUCCCCGCGCGCUACCGAGGCGGAGAACCGGGAGGCCAACUCCGCCAUGCUCCGCAACGUGCUCUCCGUCGUCGUCCCCAACUGCCCCGGCCUCGCCCACGUCUCCCUCCAGACGGGCACCAAGCACUACCUGGGCUGGGACCCUUCGAGCUCAUCGGCAAGAUGCCCACCGCGGACCCACCCUACACCGAGGACAUGCCACGCCGGGACUGCCCCAACUUCUACUACGACCAAGAGGACAUCCUCUUCGCCGAGGUCUCCCGGCGCGGCGGCGCCGCUGGAGUGGACUGGAUACGACGGGGAGGAAAAGCAGUUCAAGGUGUCGGAGGCCAUGGCCGGGAAGGAGGCGGUGUGGGCAGAGAUCGUCAGGGAGAACCAACUCGUGGAGACACACCUCCACGACGUUGCCGAUUGGUGGCUUAUGGACGUCGUGGUGUAUGGGUACGGCAACAAUUGGAAGCUUUUGGACAGCAUGAACAAGAGCAAGGAGCACGGAUUCCUCGGCUUCCGCGACACGUUGAAGUCCUACAACACAUGGAUCGACAAGAUGAAGGCCUACAAGAUUGUUCCUUGA